GUUUUUCCUUUUUCCCCAAAUGGCUUCAAAACUUUUGAUGCCAAACCCAGUUAAGAACAAUCAGUUUAUAGCAUUAUCUUCAGUUGAGCUUUGUCCCAAGCCGUCUCACUCUUUUGGGCAAGUUUGUUUACCUAAGAAGAGUGAGUUAAACUCCCAUUUACAAUCUAGAAGAUCAGUGAUUGCUUCUGGUGUUGCAUCGCCUGCUGCAAAUAAGGCGAUUAAAGUGGCGAAAUCCAGUUCAAUGUUAGCUCAUUUUUGGAGGGAGAUUCAAGGUUUGAACAACUGGGAAAAUCUUGUUGAGCCCUUGCAUCCUAUUCUUCAGCAAGAAAUCAUUCGCUAUGGCGAAUUCGUUACUGCCUGUUAUAAGGCCUUCGACCUCGACGCCAACUCCAAGCGAUACUUGAAUUGCAAGUACGGAAAGAAGAACAUGUUUAGAGAAAUAGGCAUGGAGAAUUCCGGCUAUGAAGUCACUAAGUAUAUUUAUGCAACUCCUGAUAUCAACAUCCCCAUCCAAAAUACUACUUCCUGCGGGCGUUGGAUCGGAUAUGUCGCCGUUUCUUCCGACAGAUCUGUUAAAAGGCUUGGUAGAAGAGAUAUUGUCAUUACAUUUCGAGGCACCGUGACAAACCCAGAAUGGAUGGCCAAUUUUAUGAGUUCAUUGACGCCGGCGAGGCUCGACCCUCACAAUCCAAGGCCAGAUGUGAAGGUGGAGUCUGGUUUUUUGAGCUUGUACACUUCAGAUGAAAACGAUAAGUUUGGCUUAGGCAGUUGUCGAGAGCAACUUCUAUCUGAAGUAUCGAGGCUCCUAAACAAAUACAAAGGUGAACAAUUAAGCUUAACGCUGGCGGGUCACAGCAUGGGGAGCUCGUUAGCUCAGCUUCUCGCUUAUGAUAUUGCAGAAUUGGGUUUAAAUUCUAGUACUGAAAAUCAUUCAGAAAUCCCAGUUACAGUUUUCUCAUAUGGAGGGCCGAGAGUUGGAAACUUGGGAUUCAAACAAAGAUGCGAGGAGUUGGGUGUGAAAGUGUUGCGAAUUGUGAAUAAUAAUGAUCCGAUUACAAAGCUUCCUGGGGUUGUUUUUAAUGAAAAUUUUAGGGUUUUGGGAGGGACGAGAUAUGAAUUUCCAUGGAGUUGUUCUUGCUAUGCACAUGUGGGAGUUGAACUUGUUCUUGACUUCUUCAACGUGCAAAAUCCUUCAUGUGUACACGAUUUGGAGACAUAUAUCAGCCUAUUAAAAUGCCCAAAUCCUGUGGAAAUUCAAAGGGAAGGUAUGGAUUUCUUUAAUAAAGCCAAAGAGUUGCUAUUGACUCCUCAAAAUUUUAACCUUUUUCCAUGGAAAAUUGCUGCGGAUAACAUGUUGAGUUUAUUAGUUCCAUCGCAAAGGACAUAAAAGUUUUGUAAAUAUAAGUUAAAAAAAAAUUAAUUAGGGAGAUGAAGAUGAUUAUAAUCAAAUUAAUUGUACAUUUGGGGAGAUGGGUAUUGGAUUU